UAGAAAUUAUCCUCCUGUUGUAAAACCAUGAUUUUUAUCAAAAUCGAAUCUACAACUGUGUUAUAUGUGGUAAUAUCUCUUAUUUUCUGUGAAAGUUAUUGUGAACUACAUAUAUUUCGAGGAGAUUCCCAAAUAAAUGGUGGACUAGUCCAUGUUGUACAUGAUGGAAUACAAGACUUCGUAAUCCCCAAAAAUUCGAGAAUAGACAAAGCAGAAUUUUUCCACAUUAUCCAGCAUUAUUUCGCAUGUUCCGACAAUUUAGAGCCACCUCCAAAAAAAUUUCGGAAUGCGAAAUGGGUGCUUCUCUCGUCCAAUUUUCGGUGUGGGGUGGACGAAAUGAUUAUCAAUGCUGAGAGAAAGGUUACCAUGCCAUUAUUAUUUAUUCGUUUGAACCCAGUGGCGGUAAAGUUAUGAGACCUUCAGAAAAACUGAGGCUACGUGUAGGGAUAAAUGUGUACAUUUUGGAUGAGGAUCAAGGUCAAAAUCUUAAGCGGUUUGCAUAUCCGUUCGUUAAUGGGAAAAGUUUCACUAUUCGAUUCGACGAAAUCACAAGGGCGAACACACCAAAACUUCCUCCUUCCACAUCAAUAUCUCGGCAAGCCAUUGAAGCCUUUAUUGCAGCCAGUAUUCGGUUAUCCUUCCUUUUUACAUCUACAUCUCGGCGAGAUGAAUAUGCAUCUUACAAAGUUAUCGCUGGACUCGUAGCAGCUGGUUUUGGGUACCUUGUUAUUGUAAUAAUAUGCGAUAAAAGGCACAAACGCAAAAGUCAUGUGCAACCAGCAAGCCCGGCUGUUCCAGCUGACGAUUUUCCCAUCUCAGAUGAUACUUCAGCGCCACCCGAUACAUCAGCGCCGCGCUAGUCACCUCCAACCAACUCCACUGUUCGCUAUAUGCCCCCAACUGCAGUAAUGGGAGUAAAUAUUCAACGUAUCGGCCGGACGGUAAUUUAUUCUAGAGCUAGAGAAACGCCUCAUAAUACACCUAUAUAUCGACCAGCUGGUAAUGCAAAUCAAACUAUGUAUACUGUCUUUCGAAAACUAAUAUCAAUAUAAAUAUCUACGAUACAAUUUCCUAAAGCUCUAUCCCAAUACUAUGCAUAAUAUUACUAAAGGUAUGCAUUAAUAUAGUAUGUAAUAGUAAUAUUAUUGCAUCCUCAGGUACGCAGUCAUAUAUGCCGGAUAGAUUGUACCACGUGGACUCACCGAUUGAUGCCAGCUUGCUAGACGUCGACGAUAUAUGGGGCACUGAUGGGUAUAUUCAAACUAUUACGAGUUACCGGUCUCAACUCUAUCGGAAUAACAUCGGUAUCUACGUGUUUUCCGUUGGUCGUGACGAAUUCUCGGAUAACUUGUUUCUCAAUCGAUACUGAGAAAUAGAGUCACUCGUGAAACAUUUAAAAUAUAAACCCCACCUAUCAUUUCUAGGAGAACCUGGUUUGGAUGCUAAUGCCCUAACGAAAGAAUACUUUUCGCUUGGUUAUAUGUCUAUCUUGACGAGAUGCUAUCGCGGUUUUCCACUAUUUGACGGACGUGACGAUGGAAAAGUUCCAUCUCGGGCAAAUGGAGGUUUCAACGUUUAUGUAAACCUGGGCUCGUUUUUAGUCCACUCGUUUAUGCACACCGGUGUCGCCAUGUACGGAUUACACAAAUCCAUUGUCAAAUAUUUGUGCACCCUCAACUAUGACUGGGAAGCAGAAGAUGACACCAUUAGUGUAGCUGAUAUAGUUUCCUGUGAUGCCAUGGAAAUUCUUACCAGGCUUGAGGAAUUUAUGGACACCCCAGCACGCUUCAAUAAAGUUAUUACAUCCGUAAAAGAGAUUCGAGAAAUGCCCGCCUCCUCAAAGAAGGAUCCACAAUCUCUGAAAAACGCUUUGGCAAAAUUUGACCUGAUUAAUUCGCGUCGUGUAGAAUUGGAGCUCAUAAAAAGAGUUUUCAUUGCAUCUGGUGUAACCAAAUUUCUUAACGACAGGCGGCAUCUGUGCUCAAACGCGUUCCCAAGACUGGACGAGAUCAGGUACACGGCUGACCUGGUGGUAAGGAAGAUCAGCUUUCAACGUGGGGAAAAUGAUAUCUCGAUGGAUACAGAAUUGCGAAUCCGACAAGUAUUUUUCAAAUUUCUCUUCAGUAUUGAGGAUGAUCAAUUGACCAAAUUCAUUCUCCCCUUAAUCCUGAAUGGGGGGCAGGAGAUUGAACAAGUGACAUGCUUCAAAUAUUUAGGAGUGCAUAUUGAUUCAGUUCUUGGGUUUAAUGUUCAUUACCAAUCUGUACUAAAUCGGGUCUCAAGCAAUCUUGGCUGUAUUUUCAGUGUUAAGAGAUAUCUAACUGAUAAAUUACUUAGUAUAUUUAUAUCGUGUUAUAUUCACUCCAUAAUUGAUUAUGGUAUCAAUAUAUGGGGCGUGAAAACUAAUCUGCAAUUUGACGCUAUCCAGAAAAGGUAUACUCUCUCUUAACAAGUUACUUUCUCCCUAGCUAUACAAAAAAAUUAAGGAGGUCGAAUAAGCGUUGUAAAUUCAAAAAUGUUUAUAGAGCCCUAAAUUACAACGAGUUACUAACCAAAUGUGACCUUUUGACGGUGCAGGAGAGGCGAGAUAUGUAUCUAUUUAAGUAUGCUUUCUGCAACCUCAAGCAUCUGCAAAGCUCAACUUCAGGUCAGCGUUCUUGGCCACUUCUUGUAGUGCCCAGGGUUCGCACGACAUUGGCUCUUAAUAAUAUUGCCUAUAGAGCUACGAAAUUAUGGAAUACGCUGCCACGAUCAUGGAAUUUUAAUGUAUCUUACACCCAAUUUGUUAUUUUAUGUCGCGACUUUAUAAUUAAUCAAAGGACAAAUGAAUGAUAUAUAUAUGAUUUUCAUGAAUUAUUUAGUUGCCCUACUUAAUUAAUUAGAUUAG